AUGUCUAAGGUAGCCAAGUAUCGCCGGCAGGUGAGUGAGGACCCCGACAUUGACAGCCUGCUGUCCACGCUGUCCCCCGAGGAAAUGGAGGAGCUGGAGAAGGAGCUGGACGUGGUGGACCCCGACGGAAGCAUUCCUGUGGGGCUGCGGCAGAGAGAUCUGACGGACAAACCAUCCACCGGCACCUACAACCGGGAAGCCAUGCUCAACUUCUGUGAAAAGGAGACCAAGAAACUCAUUCAGAGGGAGAUGUCCAUGGACGAAAGCAAGCAAGUAGAGACCAACGCAGAUGCCAAGAAUGGGGAGGAAAGGGGCCGGGGUGCCAGCACUAAGGCCUUGGGCCCCCGGCGGGACUCGGAUCUGGGCAAGGAGCCAAAGAAGGGUGUUUUGAAGAAAAGCGUCUCCAGGGACAAAGGGGACACUGACAGCCCAAGCGGGGAGAAGCCCAAAGAAGACAAGGUCAUCAAGGGCAUCGACAAGGGCCGGGUCAAGGCCGCAGUGGACAAGAAGGAGGGGGCAGGGGAGCCAAGGACGGCGGCCUCAGGGAAGGAAGCAGAGAAAAAGGAAAGUGACAGGAACAUGGGGAUGAGUAGGGACAAGGACAAGAAGCGACAAAAAGGGAAUGAGGUGGCCAGGAAGGAGGAGGACAAGGACAAAGGUUCAGGCAGGAGCCCGGACCCCAGGAAGGAAGAGGAGAAAGAGGGGAAAGCCAGAGGGGGCACAGACGUGAAGAAGGAGGGCCAGGAGGUCAAGACGGGGCCCGGGAAGACAGAGACCAGACGGGAGGAGGCCGGAGGCCAGAAGGAAGAGGCCCUCCCCAAAAAGGAAGCCAAGGAUGAGAGUAAGAGUAAGACACCUGAGCAACCGGCACCCGGGGUGCCCCCUAAGCCCGCUGAGGCUCCAGCCAAGCCUGCCGAGGCCCCGGCCAAGGCCGAGGAGGAAGCAGCACACAGCAUCUUCGACGAGCCGCUGGAGAAAGUGAAAAACAAUGACCCUGAGAUGACCGAGGUGAAUGUUAACAACUCAGACUGCAUCACCAACGAGAUCCUGGUCCGCUUCACCGAGGCCCUGGAGUUCAACACCGUGGUCAAGGUGUUCGCCCUGGCCAACACGCGCGCCGACGACCACGUGGCCUUUGCCAUCGCCAUCAUGCUCAAAGCCAACAAGACCAUCACCAGCCUCAACCUGGACUCCAACCACAUCACAGGCAAGGGCAUCCUGGCCAUCUUCCGGGCCCUGCUGCAGAACAGUACACUGACCGAGCUGCGCUUCCACAACCAGCGUCACAUCUGCGGGGGGAAGACAGAGAUGGAGAUUGCCAAACUGCUCAAAGAGAACACCACGCUGCUGAAGCUGGGCUACCACUUCGAGCUGGCCGGGCCCCGCAUGACUGUCACCAACCUACUCAGCCGCAACAUGGACAAGCAGCGGCAGAAGCGGCUGCAGGAGCAGCGGCAGGCCCAGGAGGCCAGUGGAGGGGGCAAGAAGGAGCUGCUGGAGGUGCCCAAGGCUGGGGCUGCCCUGGCCAAGGGGUCCCCCAAACCUUCACCCCAACCCUCUCCCAAGCCAUCCCCCAAGAACUCACCCAAGAAAGGAGGGACUCCGGCUGCCCCUCCACCCCCUCCCCCGCCCCUGGCUCCACCCCUGAUCAUGGAGAACCUGAGGAACUCACUGUCACCAGCAACGCAGAGGAAGAUGGGAGACAAGGCACUCCCGGCCCAGGAAAAGAACUCGCGCGACCAGCUGCUGGCUGCUAUUCGCUCCAGCAACCUCAAGCAGCUCAAGAAGGUGGAGGUGCCCAAGCUGCUUCAGUAG